AUGUCUGCAAUCAUUAAGUUGAAGACCUUGGAGGGGCAUUUGGGGACUCUGACAGGAUUUCCUGAUCCUAGAGUUGAAUUGGAACAGUAUGAGACCCCUGCACAUAUUGCUGCUGUUGCACUUUAUACUAUACAAACCCAAUUUGCAUCGCUAGAAAACAAGCUAGUGCUAGACGCCGGCUGCGGCACUGGCAUGCUGUCUCUGGGUGCAGCACUGUUGGGAGCUGGCUCAGUAGUAGCUUUGGACAUAGAUGACAGUGCACUAGCAGGCUUACAGGAGAACCUUGAAGACACCGGCGUUACCAACAUUGAUGCAGUGCAAUGUGACUUCCUCAGCUCAAAUGUUUGCAGAUGGGACAAUUACUUUGACACGGUUCUAAUGAACCCCCCAUUUGGUACAAAGAACAAUGCUGGAAUAGAUAUGAAGUUUCUCAAAAUGGGCCUAGAUCUCACUGCUGAUAGUGUUUAUUCUCUGCACAAAUCAUCAACAAGAUCUCAUAUUCAGAAGAAAAUAAAGGAAUGGGGUGCUAAAGGGAAUGUGAUUGCUGAACUCAGAUAUAACUUACCAGCCACAUACAAGUUCCACAGACAACAGACCAGAGACAUUGCCGUGGACCUCUGGAGGAUACAUCAUCCAGACUUAUAGGAUUUUAACCUUUAACCAAUUACUGGCACUUGAGAAGAUUUUACGUUUUAUAUAUAUUUUGGCAUUUUGUCCUUAUAGCAAGCAGUUCACAUUCAAGGAACCAAAAGCUUAAUUUGCUGUAAUCCGCUGAAAAAAAAAAUCUGUACGCUUCAAUAUGCAGCAUGCGAUAUGCACCGCCCGCCCUCCCACUGUUAAACGUGCAGGAAAAGCCAGCCACUAAACAAGCAAUAACCACCACCACCACACAAAUCCCCCGAAGGCCGAAACACACUUAACGCACGUUUCGCGCCGACACCGGAACAUCCUCAGGAGGAUCUUACAAUGCACAAUUGCAACGGCAUAUUUAGCUGUGGAAGCGGUGCAUAGCGCAUGUCAAAUGUUGCUCCAAACAGAUUUGUUUAAGCGGAUUAUAGUAAAUUAAGCUUUUGGUUCCUUGUAUUAGUGUAUCAUGGACUUAAUGUAUCAUAAACUCAUCUGUUUAACCAGUAACCGAUUUUGAGCAAAGGUACAGACAGCUUGCGUCCUGGGGAAGGACAUAGGCUACUUUUUAUACCAGAAAAAUCAAAGUUCUCACGGGAUUUUUAAAACUACGACUUAUAUCCACGCGGACGAAGUCGCGAGCAUCAUCUAUAUUCUAUAAGAUGCUUUUAACAAUCAGAUUCGGCUGUUACGCAUUUGUAUGUUUUCUAUUUGAAAGGAAUUACUUGAUAUUUAAAAUAAAACAACUCUUUAUUUAAACAUUUUUUAUUCAAUGAGGUUACAAAAUAACCAAAUUUUAUGAUGUAAAUAAUAAAUAAACAAUAUUAUGAUCUAAUG